CCCUGUUUAAUAUUGACUCAAUUAUAACCAACUCAGUUACAAUCAAUUUUUGUUUAGAAAUAAAAUCUAAAAUGACUUCCUCCUUAAAACGGACUAGUUAGUCGCUCGAUUAAAACGAAAAUAAAAGGCGGUGAACCGAAGUAGAAACUUUAUUCAGCUUUCAUCCACAAACUAUUUGCUUUAUUGACACUUAUAGCAACAUAUGUUGGAUAUUAUAAAAUGUCUUUUCCCAGUGAUUUUAGAUUAGGACUGUGUUGGUUACGUUAGAAACGUCUGGAGUCGCUACAAACAUAGGCAGCCCAUAAAAAGACAGCCAUAUAUUUGGUUGUAACGUUUAUUUUGAGCAUUUUUAAAUCGCGACUUUGUGCUCGACGUGCCGGACCGGUGUCUGUCACGCAGCCUCAGACAGCCUGACCCGGAGGAGAAGCGCGGCGGCCAUUUUGCUCGGAAGGGGGGCCUCGGCUUCAACACGUGAGAGAGAGAGGAGCCCGAAGAGACCGAAACACGCCGGGAUAUUAUUCAUGUGUGGACCCAGAGCGGCAUAGGAAGCCAACACGAUGCCCACCAUCACGCUGCCGCCGAAGGAGAACGCUCUCUUCAAGAGAAUCCUGAGAUGUUACGAGCACAAGCAGUACAGAAACGGCCUGAAGUUCUGCAAGCAGAUCCUGGGGAACCCCAAGUUUGCAGAACAUGGAGAGACGCUGGCCAUGAAGGGACUGACCCUCAACUGUCUGGGGAAGAAGGAGGAGGCCUACGAGCUGGUGAGGCGAGGCCUCCGCAACGACCUCAGGAGCCACGUCUGCUGGCACGUGUACGGCCUGCUGCAGCGCUCGGAUAAAAAGUACGACGAGGCCAUCAAGUGCUACCGCAACGCCCUGAAGUGGGACAAAGACAACCUGCAGAUCCUCCGAGACUUGUCCCUGCUGCAGAUCCAGAUGAGGGACCUGGAGGGAUACAGGGAAACGCGGUACCAGCUGCUGCAGCUGCGCCCGGCCCAGCGGGCCUCCUGGAUCGGCUACGCCGUGGCCUACCACCUGCUGGAGGACUUUGAGAUGGCCGCCAAGAUCGUGGAAGAGUUCCGCAAAACGCAACAGACGUCUCCAGACAAGGUGGACUACGAGUACAGCGAGCUCCUGCUGUACCAGAACCAGGUCCUGAGGGAGGCCGGCCUGUACAAGGAGGCCCUGGAUCACCUCAACGACUACGAGAAACAGAUCUGCGACAAGCUGGCCGUGGAGGAGACCAGAGGGGAGGUGCUGCUGAAGCUGGAGAGGCCCGAGGAGGCCUCGGAAGUCUACCGACGCCUCCAGGAGAGGAACCCCGAAAACUGGGCCUACUACCAGGGCCUGGAGAAAGCCUUGAAUCCAGGCAGCACAGAGGAGCGCCUCAAGAUCUACGAGGAUUCCUGGGUGAAGUUUCCUAAAGGUUUGGUUCCCCGGAGGCUGCCCCUCAAUUUCCUGACAGGGGAGACGUUCCGGGAGUGUCUGGACAGCUACCUGAGGAUGAACUUCAGCAAGGGCUGCCCGCCCGUCUUCACCACCCUAAAGUCCCUCUACACAGACAAAUCAAAGGUGUACAUAAUCGAAGACCUAGUGGUUGGCUACGAGAGCUGUUUAAAAAGCUGCCAGAUGUUUAGUGAAAACGACGACGGGAAGGAGGAGCCCCCCACCACCCUGUUGUGGGUCCAGUACUUCCUGGCGCAGCACUUUGACUUCAUCGACCGGCCCAGCCUGGCCCUGGACUACAUCAACAGCGCCAUCGACAGCACCCCCACGCUCAUUGAGCUCUUCCUCAUCAAGGCAAAGAUCUUCAAGCACGCAGGCAACAUCAAAGAGGCGGCCCGGUGGAUGGACGAGGCCCAGGCGCUGGACACCGCCGACCGCUUCAUCAACUCCAAGUGCGCCAAGUACAUGCUGAAGGCCGGCCUGGUCAAGGAGGCUGAGGAGAUGUGCUCCAAGUUCACACGGGAGGGGACGUCCGCCGUGGAGAACCUGAACGAGAUGCAGUGCAUGUGGUUCCAGACGGAGUGCGCUCUGGCCUACAAGGCCAUGAGCAAACUCGGCGAGGCCCUGAAGAAGUGCCACGAGAUCGAGCGGCAUUUUGUGGAGAUCACCGACGACCAGUUUGACUUCCACACGUACUGCAUGAGGAAGAUGACGUUGCGCUCCUACGUGGACCUGCUGAAGCUGGAGGACGUCCUGCGGCAGCACCCCUUCUACUACAAGGCGGCUCGGAGCGCCAUCCAGAUCUACCUGGCCCUCCACGACAAACCCCUGAAGGACGACAACAAGGAGAGCCAGGCCGACACCGAAAACCUCACAGACAAGGAAUUGAAAAAACUGCGCAACAAACAGCGGCGAGCUCAGAAGAAGGCCCAGUUGGAGGAAGAGAAGAAAAACGCUGAGAAGGAGAAGCAGCUAAAGAAUCAGAAGAAGAAGAAGGAGGACGACGACGAGGAGAUAGGAGGGCCGAAGGAAGAGCUCGUGCCCGAGAAGUUAGCUAAGCCAGAGAAUCCUUUGGAAGAGGCCGUCAAGUUCCUGAUUCCCCUUAAAAACCUGGUGCGCAAUAAGAUCGAGACCCACCUGCUGGCCUUUGAAAUCUACUUCAGGAAAGAGAAGUACCUGCUGAUGCUGCAGUCCAUAAAGAGGGCCGUCCUCAUAGAGCCCUCCAACCCCUGGCUGCACCAGUGCUUGGUGCGCUUCUUCAGAGGAGUGAGCGAGAGCAGCGACCUGGCCGAGGCGGUGAGGACGGUGCUGAAGCAGGAGAUCUGCAGGCUGUUCGGGGAGAGCAACCCCCGGAGCUUCAACAAGAGCUUCCUUAGCCAACACUCCGGCUCCAUCCCGCACCGCCUGGCCGGGCUGGUUCUGGCUGGAGCUGGUUAUGGCUGUACCCUGAUGGCGGUUGACGCUAUCCGUGCUAUGAUGGUUUACCUGGAGCCCCCCUCUGACAAAAUGGCCUGCGAGAUAGCCACGGCUCUGGACGAGUCCCUGACCGGGAGAAGCAUCCAGAUCUGCACAGAGGUCCUGGAGGCUCUGCGGGAGGGCCAGCUGGGCGAGGGCCAACAGAAGGCGGCCGAGGCCUACCGGGCCACCUGCCAAAAGAUGUACCCCUACUGCCUGGCCUUCAUGCCCCCGGGCCACCAGGACAACAGCACCGCCAUCAGCGCCAACGGCGACCUGUCGGCGGGGGAGCACGACGACACGGCCAACGAGAUGUGAGCCCGCAGCCCGAGGGAGGAAGAGGAGCAGGUGCUCGCACGCUGCCAGACGCCUUAGUCCACCAACAGAGCCGUUCCCUCCCCCCCAAUGCCUGCCCGCCCCCCCCCCCCCUCCAGUUCCUGGGCUUUGGCUGCUGUGAGUCACCCUCCCCCCCCCCCCCCCCCCC